AUGACCACCCUCGGCGAUGACCUUCUCCGAACCGUCAACAAGCUCCAAGACCUGGUCUUCAAUACCAUUGGCAAUGACUCUCUCGAUCUUCCGCAGAUAGUCGUCGUCGGCUCCCAGUCCUCGGGUAAAUCUUCUGUUCUCGAAAAUAUCGUUGGACGGGACUUUCUCCCUCGGGGAAGUGGCAUUGUCACACGUCGCCCUUUGAUUCUACAGCUCAUUAAUAUUCCUCCUGAUGAAGACAGCGACGCUAACAACGACGAGGUCCAUGUUCCGCACUCUGCUGCCAGCGUGGCCGAGCACGGAGAAUGGGCAGAAUUUCACCAUAUACCAGGUCGCAAGUUCUCGAACUUCAAUCAAGUCCGUGCUGAGAUCGAGAACGAGACAGCUAGAAUAGCUGGCAACAACAAGGGCAUCAACAGACAGCCCAUCAACCUCAAGAUCUUCUCUCCACAUGUCCUCAAUUUGACACUGGUCGAUCUGCCCGGUUUGACCAAAGUUCCUAUCGGUGAUCAGCCUACAGACAUCGAAAAGCAGACGAGAACCCUGAUCUCCGAAUACAUCGCCAAACCAAACAGCAUCAUUCUUGCUGUCUCCCCUGCGAACGUCGACAUCGUGAAUUCCGAAGCCCUUAAGCUCGCGCGACAUGUUGACCCAAUGGGAAGAAGGACAAUUGGUGUCCUGACAAAAUUGGAUCUUAUGGAUCAUGGUACAAACGCCUUGGAUAUUCUGUCUGGUCGCGUGUAUCCGCUAAAAUUGGGCUUCAUUGGUGUUGUGAAUCGAUCACAACAAGAUAUUCAAACCAACAAACCAAUGUCCGAAGCCCUGAGGUCCGAAGCGGAAUUCUUCAGGCAUCACCCUGCAUACCGAAACAUGGCGACGCGGUGUGGAACACAGUACCUUGCAAAGACGCUAAACACCACCCUGAUGGCCCACAUUCGAGACAGACUUCCUGACAUCAAGGCAAGACUAAAUACACUGAUGGGCCAGACGCAACAAGAGCUUGCAAGCUACGGCAGCAAGCAAUUUGCAGGAAAAGAACAUCGCGGUUCAUUGAUUCUGCAGCUGAUGACUCGCUUCGCCAAUGCCUUCAUCUCGUCCAUUGACGGCACGUCAUCAGAAAUUUCGACAAAAGAGCUUUGUGGUGGUGCUCGGAUAUAUUACAUCUUCAACUCGGUUUUUGGAAAUUCGCUGGAAACUAUUGAUCCUACCCAUAAUCUCUCCGUCUUAGACAUUCGGACGGCAAUCCGAAACUCUACCGGUCCCCGACCAAGUUUGUUUGUUCCUGAACUGGCAUUUGACCUUUUGGUGAAGCCUCAGAUCAAACUCUUGGAGAUUCCUAGUCAACGAUGCGUCGAGUUGGUUUACGAAGAGUUGAUCAAGAUUUGCCAUACUUGUGGAUCAACGGAACUUUCAAGAUUUCCAAAACUACAAGGCAAGCUUAUCGAGGUUGUCUCGGAUCUUCUCCGAGAACGUCUUGGCCCUGCCUCGAGCUACGUCGAAUCUCUGAUUGCAAUUCAGCGAGCAUAUAUCAACACCAAUCAUCCUAAUUUCCUUGGAGCUGCAGCAGCCAUGUCCUCUGUCAUACAGAAUAAGAAUGAAAAGGAUAAGAGAGCGGCCCAAGCAGAGGAACGACGAAAACGUGACAAGCAGCGAAUGAAGCAGCUUGGCGGCGUCAAUGGCACAGCCACCCCGGACGAUGAGGAGGCCGAGCAAGACGACAAAGCAACCGCUCUGCCUGUUCGCAAGCAUCCUGCCAUGAGCCGAAGUAUGUCUCCAGCCGUGGCACGAGAACGAGAAAAUGGCUUUGGCAGCAUAUCUGCUGCCGCAGGAGGCACUGGUGGCGCUCGAGACUCUUUCCUAAACUACUUUUUCGGUAAAGAAAAUGGUCUGCAAUCGGGCCUACCCUCAAUGCCACCAACGAACUCAUCUGCUACUUCGAGACAUGUCAGCCACAAUGUGGAACCGAGCUUCAGUCAGAGUAUCCGACGAUCUGAUAGGGGCAGCUUCACCGAUCGAUCACCUGCUUUCCCCCCUCCCAUGAAUGAUGAAUAUGCACAAUCAGAGUAUGGCGAAUCGACGUCACUAUUCCCCGAACAGUCGGCAGAACCGGUCCUGACUGAUCGAGAAGCAUUGGAAACCGAACUCAUCCGCCGCCUCAUUAGCUCUUACUUCAACAUCGUCCGUGAGACGAUUGCAGACCAGGUUCCCAAGGCCAUCAUGCAUCUGCUCGUCAACCAUAGCAGGGACGAAGUUCAGAAUCGCCUGGUGAGCGAGCUGUACAAGGAAGAACUGUUUGGGGAGCUAUUAUAUGAGGAUGAUGGCAUCAAGAAAGAAAGAGAGAAGUGCGAGAAGUUGUUGGCUACGUAUAAAGAGGCAGCCAAGAUUGUGGGUGAGGUCCUAUAG